GUGGGGGGAGGGUCAUGUCAUGUGGCCAAAGCCAGCAAAGAUGCUGCUGCUACUGCUGCUUUGAUCUACCCUUUAUAAAAAGAGCUUUUUGGGCUCUCUUUUCGGCGUUCUGCUCCACCUUCAGUGUGGAUUUCCACUACCUAGUCUCGCUCGUCCUCUUCUUCUACUGCUGAGGAGCAGAGAUUUGAUACGCAGGAAGACUUGGGGAGAGAGAGAAAGUGUGUUUUCUUCUUCUGUUGGAGUGAGGGAGAAGGAGAGACAGAGAUAGAGGAUGGGGGAGAAGGAUGGCCUCAAGGAGGCUGUCGAUAUGGAUGCCCUCCUCAAGGAAGCUGUCGAUCUGGAGAACAUCCCUUUGGAGGAGGUGUUCGAGAACCUGAGGUGUACCCGGGAGGGCCUCACCACGCAGCAGGCCGAGGAGCGCCUCGCCAUCUUCGGCCACAACAAGCUCGAGGAGAAGAAGGAGAGCAAGAUCUUGAAAUUUUUGGGGUUCAUGUGGAACCCUCUGUCCUGGGUCAUGGAAGCAGCCGCCGUGAUGGCCAUCGCGCUCGCCAACGGAGGGGGGAAACCUCCGGAUUGGCAGGACUUCGUUGGAAUCAUAACCUUGCUCGUGAUUAACUCGACGAUUAGCUUCAUCGAGGAGAACAAUGCCGGCAAUGCUGCCGCUGCGCUCAUGGCACGCCUCGCGCCCAAAGCCAAGGUGCUUAGGGAUGGUCGGUGGAAAGAGGAGGAAUCUGCCAUCCUUGUUCCCGGAGAUAUCAUUAGCAUCAAGCUUGGAGACAUCAUCCCUGCAGAUUCUCGUCUGCUUGAUGGAGAUCCUUUGAAAAUAGAUCAGAGUGCCCUUACCGGAGAGUCUUUACCAGUUACCAAAGGUCCUGGCGAUGGUGUGUAUUCUGGUUCCACUUGCAAGCAAGGUGAGAUUGAAGCUGUUGUCAUUGCUACAGGUGUGCAUACCUUCUUUGGCAAGGCUGCACAUCUCGUGGACUCCACUAACCAAGUUGGGCACUUUCAAAAGGUCCUGACGGCCAUUGGGAAUUUCUGCAUUUGCUCAAUUGUAGUUGGAAUGUUUGUGGAAAUUAUUGUGAUGUAUCCAAUUCAGCACCGAGCCUAUCGCCCAGGAAUUGACAAUCUUUUGGUUCUUCUAAUUGGAGGAAUUCCCAUAGCUAUGCCAACUGUUCUGUCAGUCACAAUGGCAAUUGGUUCCCAUCGCUUAGCUCAGCAGGGAGCUAUCACAAAGCGGAUGACUGCAAUCGAAGAAAUGGCUGGGAUGGAUGUGCUAUGCAGUGACAAGACUGGAACACUUACUUUGAACAAGCUCACAGUGGAUAAGAAUCUUGUCGAGAUUUUCACAAAAGGUGUAAGCCAGGACACUGUAAUUUUGAUGGCUGCUAGAGCCUCUAGAACUGAAAACCAAGAUGCUAUAGAUACUGCUAUAGUUGGGAUGCUUGCUGACCCAAAGGAGGCACGGGCUGGUGUUCAAGAAGUUCAUUUCCUGCCAUUUAAUCCAACUGACAAGAGGACUGCUUUGACUUACAUUGAUAAUGAGGGGAAAAUGCAUCGGGUUAGCAAAGGUGCACCAGAACAGAUAUUGAAUCUGGCACACAAUAAGUCUGAGAUUGAGCGCAGGGUCCAUGCUGUGAUCGACAAGUUUGCAGAUCGUGGGCUUCGGUCACUUGCUGUUGCAUAUCAGGAAGUUCCAGAGGGAAGGAAAGAAAGUCCAGGAGGUCCAUGGCAAUUUAUCGGUCUCAUGCCACUUUUUGACCCUCCUAGACAUGACAGUGCAGAAACAAUUCGCAGGGCUCUGAAUCUUGGUGUCAAUGUCAAAAUGAUCACAGGUGAUCAGCUGGCAAUAGGGAAGGAAACUGGCCGUCGUUUGGGGAUGGGUACAAACAUGUAUCCUUCGUCUGCUCUGUUGGGACAAAACAAGGAUGAGUCAAUAGCUGCUUUGCCAAUUGAUGAAUUAAUUGAGAAGGCUGAUGGUUUUGCUGGUGUAUUUCCAGGUAUUCUCACUGUUCUUUCAUUUAGACAAGUUUCUCACUACUUUUUUUCAUGGGUGGCAAUGUAUAUGUUUUUUCUAUUGCCAGAGCACAAAUAUGAGAUCGUUAAACGCUUGCAAGCAAGGAAGCAUAUCUGUGGUAUGACUGGUGAUGGAGUGAAUGAUGCUCCUGCUCUAAAGAAGGCUGAUAUUGGAAUAGCAGUUGCAGAUGCAACAGAUGCAGCUCGUAGUGCAUCUGAUAUCGUACUCACAGAACCUGGUUUGAGUGUUAUCAUCAGUGCUGUCCUUACCAGUCGUGCAAUUUUCCAGCGGAUGAAAAAUUACACUAUAUAUGCAGUUUCCAUUACAAUCCGUAUUGUGCUUGGAUUUAUGCUGCUUGCGCUUAUAUGGAAGUUUGACUUUCCACCUUUUAUGGUCCUUAUCAUUGCAAUUCUCAAUGAUGGUACCAUAAUGACCAUAUCGAAAGACAGGGUCAAACCAUCUCCUCUUCCUGACAGCUGGAAACUUGCUGAGAUUUUUGCAACUGGAAUCAUUCUGGGUGGUUACUUGGCAAUGAUGACAGUCAUUUUCUUUUGGGCUGCUUAUAAAACUAAUUUCUUCCCGCGGAUUUUCAAGGUUGAAAGUCUUGAGAAAACAGCCCAGGAUGACUUUCAAAAGCUGGCAUCUGCGGUCUACCUACAAGUGAGCACCAUUAGUCAGGCACUGAUCUUUGUGACAAGAUCACGCAGUUGGUCCUUUGUUGAGCGGCCUGGUUUCUUGCUUGUGACUGCUUUCUUGGUUGCUCAGCUGAUUGCUACUCUGAUAGCUGUGUAUGCCGACUGGAGCUUUUCUGCAAUUAAAGGGAUCGGAUGGGGAUGGGCUGGUGUUAUUUGGCUUUACAACAUAAUCUUCUACUUUCCACUGGAUAUCAUAAAGUUCCUGAUCCGCUAUGCUCUGAGCGGGAGGGCAUGGGAUCUUGUCAUCGAACAAAGAAUUGCUUUCACGAGACAGAAGGAUUUUGGAAAGGAAGCAAGGGAGCUCAAGUGGGCACAUGCUCAGAGAACAUUGCAUGGUCUGCAACCACCUGACACCAAGAUGUUUGGCGACAGGAGCAGUGUUACAGAGCUAAACCAGAUGGCAGAAGAGGCCAAAAGGAGAGCUGAGAUCGCAAGGCUGAGGGAACUACACACUCUCAAAGGACAUGUGGAGUCUGUGGUAAGGUUGAAGGGCUUGGAUAUAGACACAAUUCAGCAAGCCUACACGGUAUGAUUCCCAGGUUGCGAUGCCAGAGGGCUGUAAGCCAGCCACUGAGUUCGGCUGAAUCAUCCACAUAUGCUUCUGCUGUUGUUUGAAGAGUGAAGUGAGUGAAAUCUUCACUAUCCGAGUUGAAAUCCAUCAUCCUACACCUGACCUCCUGCAAUUUUAUAUAUCAUGGUGAUCGUGUAGAACCUUUGUUUUCCAACUGUGUGCAUUGUAUGAGGCUGACGGUUUGUCUCUUGUUUUAACGACAGUCAUUUUGCCCCAUUCUCAUUCAUCAGCAUCCUUUUGAUUUCUGAUA